GCGUCGGGGCAAUUGAGAGUCGAGUCACGGUCACCGGUUGUGCAUAGUGGAAGUGGGCAGCAGAAUCGAUUCGAUUCCCAAGUGUCUCAGAAUUUCCGAUUUCCUUCUCAAGUGGCUUCUUCCAGUGGAAUUCCGUUUUCUUCGAGACAAGAAAGCUUCGACUUGUGCAAUCCGAGUCCCUGCGGAGCUAACACGAAUUGCCGCGUGAAUGGCAAUCGGGCCGUUUGCUCUUGUCAGUUCGGAUACUACGGCAACCCGGAAACGUCGUGUAUCAAAGGGGAAUGUUUAGAUUCCAACGAUUGCUCAGACAGCAGAGCCUGUCGAGACUAUAGAUGUGAGGACCCGUGCCCCGGGGUUUGUGGAGUGGAUGCGGAAUGCGUGUCGCGGAGACAUAUUCCGGUUUGUCAAUGUCCAUCUGGGUUCACUGGUGAUCCUUUCCGGCAAUGUCGGCGAAUUUCCGCAGCGCGGAGUGUGAGUCAGAUUUUGACUGUGGAUUGCAAGACGUUUGCCGAGACUUCAAACUACCUGGGGAAUCCGCAAGUUCGUUGUUUCCCCGAGUGCACGAAACACGCGGAAUGCCCUUCAAACAGGGCCUGCUCAAGGUUCAAGUGCGUUGACCCCUGCGCGGGAACCUGUGGAAUAGAAGCCCAGUGUCGGGUUGACGACCACACUGCCAUUUGUUCCUGUCCCACCGGCUACACCGGCGAUCCAUUCACGCAAUGUCGGCGAUUCGACCCUCGAGAAUUGUGCUUCCCAAGUCCGUGUGGGUCAGGUGCUGAAUGUAGACCAGGAAAAGACAACGAAGGCAAGGACAGAGCUGUUUGCUCGUGUCCCAGCGGGUACAUUGGGGAUCCAUUCGUUUCCUGUCGUCGUGGAGAAUGCAUUUCGCACAACGAAUGUCCCGGCAACAAGGCCUGCUUCAAUUAUAACUGCCAGGAUCCCUGUGCCCAAGGAGCGUGUGGCAUAAACGCCGACUGUAAUGCGAGGAACCACGCAGCAGUCUGUUCUUGUCCGACGGGUUUCACCGGGGACCCACUGACGCAAUGCACUGAACGACGACAAAGAAACGCACCGGGAACUUUCCUGGGAUGCGAACCGCGAACUUGGUGGCCGAUGACGCGAGAGUGGUUUCAUGGAAAUAUUUCUCGCGAAGAAGCCGAACGCCUCUUGGUUCCACGACAAGAUGGGCUGUUUUUGGUGCGAGAGUCCAACAACUUCCCUGGAGAUUAUACCCUUUGUGUUAGUUUUGAGGGCGAAAUCCAAUACUACAGAGUUGAAAUCGUAGAUGAAAAACUGACAAUUGACAACAUCGACUUUUUUGACGAUUUGGAAAGCCUUAUCGAACACUACCAGCGUGAUGCCGACGGACUUUGCACCAAGCUCCGGAAAUGUGUUCAGAAGGCGGAUAAUCUCCAAGCUUUCUAUGAUGAGGGACUUAUUAUCGAACCCACCGAAAUCAGCUUCGGUGAAGCGAUCGGAAAAGGAGAAUUUGGAGAUACGGCCGUCGAGUUGCGUAAGUUCCCUGUGGAGUGCUGCUUAAUUUCAAACGUUUUUCAUGAGUGUGGCAUUCACAGAUCUUUGAAGCACAAGAAUCUCGUACAAUUGAUCGGAAUAGUAGUGAAAACGAAGCCGAAUACUGGAUCUGCUGUGCGACUGAACAAUGAUCCGGGUGCGAUAUCCCUGGUUUUUGAGUACAUGUCGAAGGGGAGCUUAGUAGACUAUUUGCGAUCACGUGGAAGACAGCACAUCACGAAGAUGGUUCAAAUUGAUUUUGCUUGUGAUACAUGCGAAGGUAUGAAAUACCUUGAAUCCAUGAAAGUUGUUCAUCGUGACUUGGCUGCCAGAAAUGUCCUGAUCAAUGAAUCCAACGUUGCCAAAGUAUCCGACUUCGGACUUGCUCAAUGGGAGCAUAGUAAAGCCGAUGCUAAUUCUUCAGUGUCUUCCAAAUUACCCAUUAAGUGGACAGCUCCGGAGGCGCUUAAAAAUUCCGUAUGUCAUGUAAUGAAAUUUUUUCGUGCUGAAUGCGUAUGUUAUAUUAAAGCCGAUGCUAAUUCUUCAGUGUCUUCCAAAUUACCCAUUAAGUGGACAGCUCCGGAGGCGCUUAAAAAUUCCAAAUUUUCGAACAAAUCCGAUAUGUGGAGCUUCGGCGUCCUUCUGUGGGAAAUAUAUUCCUACGGUCGGGUUCCGUAUCCACGCAUACCGGUUGACGAUAUCGUCAAGCAAGUGACUGAAGCUGAUUAUCGUAUGUCUCCACCAGAGGGGUGUCCUCCAGAAAUUGCGCGAAUCAUGCAUAAGUUCCCUGUGGAGUGCUGCUUAAUUUCAAACGUUUUUCAUGAGUGUGGCAUUCACAGAUCUUUGAAGCACAAGAAUCUCGUACAAUUGAUCGGAAUAGUAGUGAAAACGAAGCCGAAUACUGGAUCUGCUGUGCGACUGAACAAUGAUCCGGGUGCGAUAUCCCUGGUUUUUGAGUACAUGUCGAAGGGGAGCUUAGUAGACUAUUUGCGAUCACGUGGAAGACAGCACAUCACGAAGAUGGUUCAAAUUGAUUUUGCUUGUGAUACAUGCGAAGGUAUGAAAUACCUUGAAUCCAUGAAAGUUGUUCAUCGUGACUUGGCUGCCAGAAAUGUCCUGAUCAAUGAAUCCAACGUUGCCAAAGUAUCCGACUUCGGACUUGCUCAAUGGGAGCAUAGUAAAGCCGAUGCUAAUUCUUCAGUGUCUUCCAAAUUACCCAUUAAGUGGACAGCUCCGGAGGCGCUUAAAAAUUCCAAAUUUUCGAACAAAUCCGAUAUGUGGAGCUUCGGCGUCCUUCUGUGGGAAAUAUAUUCCUACGGUCGGGUUCCGUAUCCACGCAUACCGGUCGACGAUAUCGUCAAGCAAGUGACUGAAGCUGAUUAUCGUAUGUCUCCACCAGAGGGGUGUCCUCCAGAAAUUGCGCGAAUCAUGCAGUUGGUAAGAAGUCGACUAUUGGCGAUGAAUGUGAAUAAAGACUACGAAUUCAAGUGGAAAGACCAUUUGAGCCACUUGUUCGCGAUCGUGCGUGGGAUUCGUUCGAAAGAAUCCUUUUCGGACGUUGUGUUGCAUUGUGGUGGUGAGAACUUCUGCGCCCACAAAGUGUUGCUGGCCGCGUCAAGUUCCUUCUUCGAACGACUCAUCCUGGGUCUUCCUGCCGACAAGUCGAGCAUUCUAGUGAUGACUGACAUCAGCCCGAUUGUCUUCAUCAGCUCCUUGGAGUUCUGCGUCGAUGUAGAGAAGGCAGCUAAGCCACACGGGAGUUACAGUUUGUCCUACAAAGAUUCUACAGUUGAAGAAUCGCCGAUGCCUGCGAAGAGAUUGCGAAUGAAUGCUGAACUGAUCUGUGAAUCUUUUCCGAUGCCCGCUUCGAUCAAGCCAACUGCUGCUCCGUUUUCCAAUUUGCCGAUGGAGGGAACCGGAAAUACCUCGAUGAUGACCCCAGAAAACACCGCAUGUGACUUUUACCUAUUGUCUGGAACAGAACCGAUGUCGUCAACGGUAAUUGAAAAUGUCGCGAAGAAAGAAAUCGCAGACGGAAGGGAUGUUGUAGAAACGUUUCAAACUUACAACCAGUGUCAACCACGAGAAUCAGUCGGAGAAAUAGACUAUUUCGAAGGAACAGGAAUCACCGAAUUCGAAGAAAAUGUAGACGCCACGAGAUCUGACCCGGAAGGUGCGUCAGUUCAAGUACCACCUGCAAUUUCCAAAGAAUGGGAACUAUUGGAAUGGAACAAGAGUGCCCACCUUGUUCGAGCGAGGAAAUUAGGCGACGAAGUCAUACAUUCCAUGUGUUCGCUGUGUUGGGGUUACUGGUCCGUCCGCAAGCAGCACGUUGUGCGUCACAUUCGCAUUCACACAGGUGAGAAGCCGUAUGCUUGCGAUCUUUGCCCUCGACGCUUCUAUCGAAGGGAUUUGCUGCGAUAUCACAUCUCCUACGCACACAAGCUACCGCAUGUGGCCGAUGGAAAUGGUUAA